CUGACAAUCACUCUAUUUUGGUAAGUCACCCUGGAUUCCUGCCUGGAAUUUGUACCCAUUUCUACCUGCUGAUUGUUGUAUUCCACGUGUUAUGGUGUCUUUUGAGUGUCAGCCGAGUUUUUUCGAAAAUAACAAAUUCAUAACACCUCCUGCAUUUUGCCUUUUUCUCUGGAAUCCUUUUCGCUUUUGCGAUGAUCACAGGAAAACGGAGACCGCUGCAUACAAGCUCUGGGAGCUUCUCGUCAAGCUCCUCCGGGAAUUGCAGGUCACAACCUUUAAAUUUUCGACCGAAUUCCACCCAAGAAUCGAGAGGAGGAACUCGACCAACAGCCUCACCGAGUUCUGUUGGCCUCAUAUUAGUUACUGCGGUUCUCCAUGUCUGUAAAAAAUCCUUACUUUUCGACACGAAACUCAAAGCUGCUUUGUACCUGGCAACUAUUUUUCUUGGAUCUAUUGUCACAGACUACAUCAAGGUGCCACGGACUUAUUUCUCCAGGUCAGAUAACGCACUCAAUCGCUACUUCAUAAAAUGGGCCUGGGGAUGGCUCCUGACAACAAUGAUACCCUGGGUGGUACUAACAGCCCACACAAUCGGAUGCGGUCGACGGACAAUUUUAAUAAAACACCUGGUGCGUCUACUUUUCGCCACAUGUGCUUGGAUCGCAUGGAUGAACUUCUUUCAUUACAUAGAAACGAAUUUCGGUCGUUGCUACAACACGAAGGACCCGCUUCAUCAGGAAAAAGCAAAAUGCCUGCAAGCAGGUAAAUUUUGGAGUGGUUUAGACAUAUCUGGACACGCAUUUAUCAUCAUUUACUCAAGCCUCAUCCUCGCGGAGGAGGGCAAAACGCUGAUAGGCUGGGAGGGCAUCAAAGACACGAUGAUACACGAGGAACACGUGAGGUCUCUCCCGAAUGAGAGCAGCACCGGUUUUCUUCGAAAUUUGUGCGACGAGGACUUGGACUUCCUGAAGAAGGCCCACAAGGUACUGACGCCUUAUUUGCGAGGUCUCUUUGUCACGAUGACUCUGCAGCAAUUACUCUGGGACGUUAUGCUGGUCGCGACGAUACUCUAUUAUCACAAUAUGGCGGAGAAAUUCCUCGGAGGAGUCGCCGCAAUUCUCACCUGGUAUGUGACCUAUCAUUGGCUCUUUCAGAUCUCCAGUUUGGGAUUCACUUCUCCCAGAGAUGGCCUUUUUAAAUACUAUGUGGAGAGCAAGAAAAAUGAGAAUAAUUCGCGACUGAAGAGAAAUACGAGGAAUGGUACGAGACCCAGAUACGGACUCUUCUCUAUGCUGCGCAACGCAUUUUUCACCUUUAUUGUUUUUAUUUUUUGUUUUUUCGUUUUCAAGGUUUGAUGUGGAUGUGAGUGCGUCAAAUGGAGAAAUUGGUGCGGAAGCUACUUGAAGGAUAUGAAAUCUGAGAAAGAUUUGUUUAUUUAGCACAGUGGUAUAGUUUUUUUUUUUUUUUUUAAUGCCUAGCGGUGCUAAGCAACUUUUUUGACACACGAAAAAUUUGUCCAGUUAUAGCCCAUCCGUAAAUUACGUUACCAAUUUUGAUGUUUUUUCCCCCCUUUUCCAAAAUAGAAAAAAAUAACGUAGCCUUUGGAUUAAAACGGAUUCUAUGCGAAGAGAAAUUGUGGGUCCGGAUGCAAUAAGGGCACAUAAAAUUUUUUCGUG